AUGUCUGAUCAACAAUCAAAUUCAGUUUCGAAUGAUUUUUCGUAUUUAUUUUUUCGUAAUGGAGUUUCUUUUCAAAUAAAUUAUGAUGAUGAUGAAGAUAAUACUAAUAACAUACGCGACGAUAAAGCUCAAGUAUCAAAAUUAUCUGAUUUAUGUUGUUCAUUAAUUGUACAAAAUGAAUCUUUAACUGAAUAUGCAUGCGGCAUAAUACCGAAAGAAUUAUUUUAUCCAUUAUUUCGUGCUGCAUUAAAUUGUAGUCAAGAUGAUUCAUGUAUAAAUAUUUUAAUAGCAAGAUGGCCAUACAGAAUAUUUCGUUUAGGAAAUUUUGUUCAAAAAAAAUUAACAUCAUUGAAAAUGUUAUUGUGUGAUAAAACUGCUUUACAAAGAACUAAACAAGCUAUUAAAUAUUCAGUUAUUUUAAUUCCACGUUUUAUUGAUUCAAUAAGACAACAACAAACAAAUAAAACGAAACAAUCCAAUUUACGUAUACUUGAUGUGACAAAUUUUCCUGUUGUAGAAUUAAUAUUGAGAUAUAUUUCUACACAUUGUCGUUUGGCAGAAAAAGAAUCGAAACGAAAUCAAUUAAUUGAUAUUUAUCAUCAACAACAUCGACAUUUAUUACCUGUUCUAAAAUGUGACGAUCAGAAUAGUAAUGACGAUGAAAUAAAACUGUGUACAGAUAUUCAAUUAGUAAAUUCAAAUGGCAAUACUGAUGAUCUCAUCAAAACAAGUUCAUAUCCCGAUGAUAUAAUUAUUAUUCGUUUUGACUGUAUUGUUCAAGAUUAUCGAACAUAUGUUGAACUUCUAUCAGCUCUACGUACAUCAACGCCCAAUAUUCAAUUACAAAUAUGUACCAUUGAUAUACGUUGUAUUGGUUUAGCGUUGGUUACCAGUUUUCUUGAUCAUGUUGAUAAACGAUUUGUUCAUACACUCCGUGUUCCUUAUAAUGUAUUAACACGACAGAAUUUAAAAUAUUUUCUUCCACGAUUGCCAAGUUUAACAAAAUUACAUACGUUAGAUUUAUCGUGUAAUUUUAUUGAUUUUCGUCUUAAUCACGAUGAUUUAGAACAGUUUUGUCUUGUCCUAUCACAAUUAAAAUAUUUAAAAACUCUUUCAUUAAGUGGUUCACCAGUAACAAAUGGUCUUGAAACUAUAUUAAAUUCUAUUGAACAUUCAUUAGAUGCAUUAAAUCUUGAUUUUUGUUCGUUAUCUGAAAAUGACCUAAUUACUUUAUGUCAAAUGACUACACGACAUCAAUUUUUACACUUAGAUUUAGGUACAAAUCGUUUAAAUCGUUUUAUGCGUACAUUAUUACUUGCUAUAAUGAAACAAAAACGACUUGUUGUAUUAGAACUUGAUUACAAUCGUUUCUCAUCAAAUGACUAUUUAGAAUUAAUAGCUUGUUGUCAACGUGUAUCAUCAUUAAAAUGUUUAAGUGUACGUGGACCGAAUUCUCUAACAACACAAUUAGCCGCAGCUACAUUUAUUGGUGAACAUUAUCCAUGUUUACGCUCAUGGAAAAUUGCGUCACCUAUUGAAUAUUCUUUAAAUCGUUUUGUAGAAAAUGAUGAACAAAAUUAUUUAAUACAAACAAUUAUGCCUUUUGAUAUAUUUGUUAAUGAAAUGAAUAAACGAGCCAAAUGUCUUGUUUCAAUAGCUGAACUCAGCGUGUGA